GGUGUUUCGCGGCAGGGCUAUCGUGCAGAGGAUCAACCCUGGCUACUGACUGUGGGCAAGGGCUCCGCAGCCAAGCGCUAUCGUGGUGUCCGCGAGGGCAACGUCUCCGCCAAUGUGCGCUACUUCAUCUUCUGUCAGACCAAAGACGGCAACUUUGAUGCCUAUCCAGUUCACGAAUGGUAA